GCACGUUUUUGCAAAAUGAAACGACGUCGUUUUAAGAAAAAUAAAAAAAUAAGUGUGCUUUACCCAAAUUCAAAUUCAAAUUCAAAUUCUGAGAAAAACUCCAACGAACUUCGCAUUUCCACGAAAAUGGCUUCCCAAAACCCAGCGGAGGAAGAAAAUUCAAAGCGACAUUGGUCCCUUGAAGACUUCGAGAUCGGAAAACCUCUCGGUAGGGGCAAAUUCGGUAGAGUUUACGUCGCCAGAGAAGUUAAGAGCAAAUUUGUUGUGGCGUUGAAGGUUAUAUUUAAGGAACAAAUUGAUAAGUACAGAAUUCAUCACCAACUGAGGAGAGAGAUGGAGAUACAGACCAGUCUCCGGCACGCAAAUAUCCUGCGUCUUUACGGUUGGUUUCAUGAUGCUGACCGUGUUUUCUUGAUUCUUGAGUAUGCUCAUAAGGGAGAGCUUUACAAGGAGCUGAGAAAAAAGGGUCAUCUCACUGAGAAGCAAGCUGCCACGUAUAUUUUGAGCCUCACAAAGGCGUUGGCAUAUUGUCAUGAGAAACAUGUUAUUCAUAGGGAUAUCAAGCCAGAAAAUUUGUUGCUUGACCAUGAGGGGCGUCUUAAAAUUGCAGACUUUGGUUGGUCUGUUCAGUCUAGAAGCAAAAGACAUACCAUGUGUGGAACAUUGGAUUAUUUAGCACCAGAAAUGGUUGAAAACAAAGCUCAUGACUAUGCAGUUGACAACUGGACUUUGGGUAUCCUUUGUUAUGAGUUCCUCUAUGGUGCUCCUCCAUUUGAGGCUGAGAGUCAAUCUGAUACCUUCAAAAGGAUAAUGAAGGUUGAUCUAAGCUUCCCUUCCACCCCUUCUGUCUCUAUAGAGGCGAAAAAUCUGAUUAGUCGGCUCCUGGUGAAAGACUCCUCACGAAGGCUCUCUCUUCAGAAGAUAAUGGAGCAUCCUUGGAUAAUCAAGAAUGCAGAUUUUGUGGGUAUUUGCUAGUAGCAUCAACUCACUAAUUUAACUUUGGCCACGAGGGAUUAAGACUGAAUUCUGUAUAUGAUGUUAUAAAAUGCAUGUAAGUGUUUUGCAGUGUUCAAGUGUUUAAUCAACUUGAAUGACACAUUACCUUUGCUGCGAGGUUAGGAACAUUAGGAUGGUAUAUCUGCCUAUUUGUAAUAGUUGUAUUGUAGGUGUAAUUUCUUCCAGUUCUUUGUGCAUCUAAACCAGGCAUGACUAAUGACUUGCACAGAUUUAUUUUGACAUGCAUCUGACUAGUAGUGAAUGUGACAGCUCAGAUUUUAGGAUUCCUCUUUGACAAGUGAGUCCCAUGUAAUUAAAAUUUGAAUAAUAAAUAUGAAUAAUGUUGA